AAUGUUAUUUUUAAAAAUUACUGUGUAAAAGAUUAAUACGAUUUCUUUUAUGGUAAUUAUUAUUUAGUUUAGAUUCAUUACCUCAAAUAUCGAUCUACAAUAUGUAGUCUAAACUAAUCACUUCUUUUAUAUUUAAUUUUAAAAAAGAGAAAUUAAAAACUCAAUUCAGAAGUGCACAAGGUCAUAUUUUCGCUUUCAUUAUUAUUUUUCUUUUUCUUUUCAUUCCUUUCUUCUUUUUUUUCUUAUCUUUUUUCGUCUAAGGUUGCGUUUCAAAUUUUAUUAUCAAUAAUUGACCCAACAAGUAAAACACAAUCACAACCCAACAAGUAAAUCACAAUGAUAUUAUUAAUAUUUUGUUUGUCACUUAUAAGUAUAUUAAAGCUCUUAGCUCUUACGACAUUAUCAUAUCAUCAUCAAGUGACAAAUGACAUCACUAUAUAUGGGCGCGUUCGGGAAGAUGCUAUUAAAUUAGUGCUAUCAACAUGACAACAUUAAUCUAUUAUUGUUUUACUAUUAAUGAAUAGAUAAUGAAGAUAGUCGCACCCUAUGACUUCUAUAAUCUAUCAGAAUUGCGUUCAGAAACAAUAUCUGAGGAUGUCUCCAGUAGACCUAUUCUGUAAACUCUUAAUUAACAACAGUUCAGUAUCGUUAUAUUGUCGUUGCGCAGCUGUUUUGUAUAGGCUUACUGGUCGUUUUCCUUAUUUAACAUUCGAUUAACAAGAAUUAAAAGAUACUUGAGGGCACUCUGGUGAUGUUUCUGAACGCAACCUAGGAAAUAUAUAUAAUUCACAUUAUGUAUAUUAUUGAUUUUCAGACUUUUGCAAACAGUUUUGAAACGCGUUUUAACAGCUUUAUAGUUCUUACGUUCUACCACUGUAAUAUUAAUAUUAUAUUGAACAGUUAUAGAAAAAAAAGAUCAUUUGUAAUGACACAAAAGGGAAGAGUCCUUAUGGUUUGUUUAGGCAACAGUUGCCGUUCUCCUAUGGCAGAAGCAGUGUUUCAGGAUCAAAUGCAACAGAUGGGUUUGACUGAUUUCUGGGAGGUUGAAAGUGCUGCUGUUUUAGGAUAUCAUGUAGGCAAUGGUCCUGAACCCAGAGCGAUAUCCACUCUUCAGAAAGCAGGAAUUACAGAUUAUUCUCAUAUUGCGAGACAAAUCGCAACGAAAGAUUUCUACGAGUUCGACUGGAUAUUCGGAAUGGAUGAAUACAUUAUUCAUAAUUUGUACGAGAUGCGACCAGAUAAUAGCCGAGCGAAAAUAGAACUACUUGGGAAAUACGAUCCAGCUGGAACAGUCAUCAUCAGAGACCCUCUCUUUGAUACUGGUAGCGCUGGCUUUGAGAAAGCAUUUCAACAAGCUCUGAGAAGCAUACGUGCAUUUUUGCAAAUUAACAGGGUAUAUUACUUAUUUCAUCUUUUAUUAUUUGUAUAUAAUUUUCGAAAAGAAACGUGUCAUCAAAUUUUACAAAUCUUAGCUUUUAUCUAUAUUUCUAAUAAAUUUUAGAUUUACUUAAAAAAAUCUCUCUUAAAAUUCUAUAUUUUAUUUUAAUAUUAUAGAUAUUCAUAAUUAAAUCAGAUGUGGUUUCUUUACAGGAUAAUAAACUUAAAAAGUCAUAUUAAAAAUUUUUAUUUCAUAAAGGUAUUGAAAAUAAAAAAUUAAGAAUUAAGAUUUAUUGAAUUUAUUCGACAGCUUGUUUAUAUAUAUUGCAGAGUAUUUUUUUAUAAAUAUAAAUAACUUUAUGAUAUAUUAAUAAAUUUAUUUUUGAAAUAAAAGUUUAUUGACUGCCCUUCUGAAAUCCUAUUUUAUCGAACAAUAAUCUAUAUACACAAUCUUUUACAAUUGAAAGUAAAACGCUUUCUCCAAACCACAGAUAAAAACUUAAGAAAACAAAUCAUAGCGAUUGUUCCAACAUUAUAAAAAAUAGUUUUCUUCUAAAUUAUAAGUGAGUGAAAUACAAGAACUUUACCUACUAAUUGUAAGAUUUGCAUGUGUCAAAAUAAGACAAUAUUUUUCUUUAUUAAAAGAUAUUCAAAAUAA